CUCCAACGACUUGCCUCGUUUCUCGGUUCUCAAGCCUGGAGACUCAAGUCUCAACCCAUUCCAACUCACCGCGCACACACGUACUCGUCAGAACAACAGAAGCUCCUCUCCUCUCCUCUCUUCCGUUGCGUCUGCAUGCAUACUCCACGGCUCGGCUUCCGCGGGCUGCAGCCUGCAGCCAUGACCGCCCCCACCGCGCCACCAAGAAAGCUCUCGCCGCCCGCCGCGCCGCGAAGAAGGCUAUCGCCGCCGACCGCGCCACCAAGAAAGCUAUCGCCGCCCGCCGGACGGGCGCGGCCCGUGAACAUGAGCCCCCCGCGCCGCGUGCCCCAUCCCCAUCCCCCACCCCACCAUCGGCCGCCGACGCCGACGCCGCAGCGCAGCCACCUCCACGGCCAGCAGCAGCAGCACAAGCAGCAGACCUCCGCGUGGAGCGUCGGCUUCCUGAGCGCCUGGCUCUCGCAGCGCACCCCCGUGCUCGGCCUCCGCGCCUGGGUCCUGGUCGCCGCGGCCGCGGCCGCGGUCGUCCUCGCCGUCCUCGUGCUCACCGUCUGCCUCUGCCGCUGCCGGCGCCGACGCCGGCGAUGCCCCCGCGUCGCCCCGAGCCUGCACCACGGAGGCGCGUCCAGGUCCAUGAAGCAUCACUUGCAUCAGGCGAUGGCGGACAAGGACAUCGUCGAGGAGUCCAUCCGCUGGCACCCGCCGCCUCCGUGCGAGCCGCCGUUCCAGCCGCCGAUCGAGGUCAUCAAGGCGGAGCAGAAGGCCCCGCUGAUCACGGUCGAGUCCGCGCGGACUAGCGGCGAGACGGGGACGAGCAUCGCCGGGAGCGCGCGCGGGUGGAGCACCGAGAGCGGCGCCAGCGACGCGGGGGCCGACGCGUCGCAGCGCGGCUGGGGCCGCCGGUACACGCGCCGGGAGCUGGAGGAGGCCACCGACGGGUUCGCCGCCCAGAACGUGCUCGGGGAGGGCGGCUACGGGGUGGUCUACAAGGGUGUGCUACGAGACUCCACCCUCGUCGCCAUCAAGAAUCUGCACAACAACAGGGGCCAGGCCGAGAAAGAUUUCAAGGUGGAGGUGGCGACGAUCGGGCGGGUUCGGCACAAGAACCUGGUCAGUUUGCUCGGCUACUGCAGCGAGGGCGCCUGCAGGAUGCUGGUCUAUGAGUACAUGGAGAACAGUAACCUCGACAAGUGGCUGCACCAUGCGGAGGGUGAAAUUAGUCAGCUCAACUGGGACACAAGGAUGCACAUACUUCUCGGAACUGCUAAAGGGUUGGCGUACCUUCACGAAGGGCUGGAGCCCAAGAUCGUCCACCGAGACGUCAAAUCCAGCAACAUCCUUCUGGACGGGCAGUGGAACGCCAGGGUGUCGGAUUUCGGGCUCGCCAAGCUCCUCUGCUCCGAGGCGUCCUACGUCACCACCCGCGUCAUGGGAACCUUCGGGUACGUGGCGCCGGAGUACGCGCGGACCGGGAUGCUGAACGAGAGGAGCGACGUGUACAGCUUCGGGGUGCUCGUCAUGGAGAUGAUAACCGGCAGAACUCCGGUGGACUACAUCAGGCCCACCGCGGAGGUGAACUUGGUGGAGUGGCUGAAGCGCAUGGUGGCGGAGAGGAGGGUGGAGGAGGUGCUGGACCCGACGCUGCCAGAGGCGCCGCCGUCCAAGGUGCUGAAGCGCGCCGUCCUCGCGGCGCUCCGGUGCGUCGACCCCGACGGCGGCCAGCGGCCCACCAUGGGGCACGUGGUGCACAUGCUCGAGGACGACCUCAGGUUCAGAGACGAACUCCAGCUUGCGCGGGGUCUGUCGGCCCACGCUUCGGCGUCGGCGUCGUCGGGGAGCUACGAGCGCGAGGAGUGAACGCCAUGGACAAGGACGGACGAAUGGCUGUGUUUCCUUCGCGUUCGCGCACCGAAUGCUCUUGACAACAAGCUAGUCGAUCGGAUCUCUUUUCUUCUCCGGUUGUGUUUGUUUGCAUGACAGACAGCAAUGACUCAAUCAAACAGCAGGCAUACAGCCGGCGCAUAAUCAAGGCUAGCAGUAGUACGAGGAGUACUUCGCAACUUUAUAUGAUCGACAUAACGGAAGUCCGUCUAUGCUUCCCCGGCA